AUGACCGAAGACGGGUGGGUGGUGUGCCGUGUCUUCAAGAAGAAGAAUUUUCAGAAAGCAGCAAAGUGUCCUAAAACCUCCUCAAUCUCAAUGGAUUCAAACACUCAGAUUGAAGGCGUCCUGGAUCAAAUACUUCUAUACAUGGGAAGGAAUUGCAAGCUGGAAGACGAGUCAUUCAACAACAUCAGCAUCUCCAACGUCCACACUAACAACAUGAUGUUCCUCAGUACUACAGUGUCAAAGAGACAACGGAUUUUCCAUUCUGAUAUUGACAUCGGUGAACUGAUUUCAUCUCAUGAAGUAUGUGUUCCUCCUGGUGUAAAUCUCUGUGUGGUUGAUUCAGAGGCAACUUCAUCAUUAAACAAUGUGACAGAUCGUUCAAAUUGUCCGAGUCAUUCUAUGGAUUUUCUGACACGUAAAUCAGGAAAUACAUACAUAGAUGAAACAACCGUCUCUAAUCAGUUUCUGAUUCAACAGGCUCCAUGUGUUGUUCGGGAACAGUCAAGUUUUGAAACAAGUAUAUCGCCACCUUGUAGGGGUGAGGGGCAUCGCCGCUCUGCUGAACUUAAGCAAUUAUUACAAGUCGUGCCAUCUGAAGCAUAUUCUUUGCCGUAUGUGCCUUGUUGCAGACAUUGUAAAGCAAAGCGAUUCUAUCAUGAAACAAACGGAUUUUAUUGUGCUGAUGGGACAAUUUAUUUGGCCACAAAUGCCGUCCCUGAUCAAUUUUAUGAUCUUUUCACCUCUAACACAGAUGAAUCUGCGCAUUUUAAGACCUAUGUUCGGACUUAUAAUAACAAGUUCGCGUUUACAUCCUUUGGAGUUAAAUUCGAUGAAGAUCUUUGUAGAUGGAAUAAAGGAAUUUAUACCUUUCGAACUCAGGGACAGAUCUAUCACUAUAUCAAUGAUUUAAUCCCUUUAAAUGGUCGUCAUUCUUAUCUUCAAUUGUAUUUCUAUGAUACGGAGCAUGAAUUAGAAAAUCGCAUUUCUGAUUCAGACAGAAUGAAUCCAUCAAUUAUAGCUCAACUCAUCGAUAUUCUUCACAUCAAUCCAUAUUCUUUGUUCUUUCGAUCUCUUGGUGAUUUGUCAAAUUUGAAAAAUCAAGUAAUCCAUAUAAGAUCAGAUGUUGGUCUAGAUCAACGUGUAUUCAAUGUCCCGACAUCUUCACAAGUUGCAGCAAUAUGGGUUGAAAAUGAAGAUGCAGAUCAGCUAAGAGGACGAGACAUUUAUGUCUUUAGUCAUUCUGGUGGAAGUCAUAUAGUUCAAUAUUAUUUUGGCUGCUAUGAUCCACUUCAGUAUCCGUUGUUAUUUCCUCUUGGCGAUACUGGUUGGCACCAAUGCAUUCAAAGGGUUAAUAGAGGAAGCACAUUAACAAGUAACAAAACAAUCCGAUCAAUAGAUCAUCACCGAUCAAUAUCAGUAGAAGAAUUACUUAGAAGAGAAGAUCGAGCAUUGAACAAAAAAAGGAAGGAUCCAAUUGUUUCGUGUCGUGAAUAUUAUUGCUACAAGUUACAAAUCAGAGAAAAUGUCAGAUCAAUUUUGUUACUGUCUGGUCGCCUAUUGCAACAAUUUGUUGUCAAUAUGUAUGUUAAGAUCGAGACGUCAAGAUUAGAUUAUUUCCGUAACAAACAACAACAUAUUCGAUCUGAGUUAUAUCAAGGUAUUGUUGAUACCAUUACACUUGGGGAAACUGAUGCUUCUAAUGUUGGAAAACGGAUUAUUCUGCCUUCGUCAUUUAUUGGGGGUCCAAGAGAUAUGCGAAAAAAAUAUAUGGAAACAAUGGCUUUAGUUCAGCGUUAUGAAAUUUCAAAUGAAUUACGCCUGCAUGAGGAGAGUCAAAAUCAGCCUAAUUUGGUUGCUCGGGUCUUUCGUGCAAAAUUAGAAGAAUUAAAGGAUCGAUUAUUCAAGCAGCAGAUAUUUGGAAAAGUCUCGGCAUAUGUUUAUGUUAUUGAGCACCAAAAAAGAGUGCUUCCACAUGCGCAUUUUUUAAUUAUAUUACAGAGGAAUUGGAAACUCUAUGCGUCUGAAUCUUUUGAUGAGAUUGUAUCGGCAGAAAUACCUGAUAAAAAUACAAAUUUGCACUUGCAUAAUGCUGUUAUCAAGCAUAUGAUGCAUGGACCAUGUGGAGUGUUGAAUCCAACAAAUGUUUGCAUGAAAAAAAAUGGUUGUUGCAAAAGCCAAUAUCCAAAAAGUUAUGCAUCAGGUACGACUGUUGGAAAUGAUUGCUUCCCAAUAUAUAAGUGUUCUGACAAUGGAAUAACUGUCAAACUGAGAGGCCAUAAUUUGGAUAACCGUUGGGUCAUUCCAUAUAAUCCAUAUUUGCUUGCAACAUUUGACUGUCACAUUAAUGUGGAGAUUUGUUCUACGAUAAAAGCAGUCAAAUAUCUUUAUAAGUACGUUUACAAAGGGCAUGAUCGUGUUGCUUUCAAUUUGGUUUCCGAACAAACCAAUCAACAAAUUGACGAAAUCCAACAAUUCCAAUCGGCCCGAUGGAUUGCUCCACCUGAAGCUAUGUGGAGAAUAUACGGCUUCAUUGUUAAUGAAAUGUACCCAUCAGUAUAUAGCUUACAUUUACAUCUUGAGGAUAAACACCAAGUAACUUUUCGAGCAAAUGAAGACUUAAUCAAUGUUCUCAACUCUGAUCGAUCUGCAAAAUCAAUGUUAAUAGAAUUCUUUGCAUUAAACCAAGUAGAUGAAAAUGCCAGGACAUUGUUAUACAAAGAAUUUCCAGAAUUUUAUGUUUGGAGCCAACAAUACAGAGAGUGGACUCGUCGGAAAAAAAAAAAAAAAAAAAAAACUGUUAUAGGUCGAAUUGUUACAGCAAAUCCAUUUGAAGGUGAGAGGUAUUAUCUGCGGAUAUUGCCAAAUCAUGUAAGAGGACCUUUGUCGUUUGAAGAUCUUAGGACAGUUGAUAGUGUCGUGGUUCCAACAUUUCGUGAGGCAGCAACUAUACAUGGUUUGCUACAAAGAGACAGUAGCUUACAAGAUUGUUUACAUGAAGCAUCUCUAUAUCAAAUGCCGUCCAGUUUGAGACGAAUAUUUGCAACUAUUUUGGUUUAUUGUAAUCCAACCAAUCCGAGAGAGCUUUGGGAACGUUUUGAGCAAGAUAUGUCAGUUGAUUUUAGGUCGACUGAAGAUUCUAUGUCGGAUGUAAGAAUGCAAGUUUUGCGCUCAAUCUCUUUUACACUUGAAUCAAUGGGGAAAGACAUUAAUUCGUUCCAUCUUCUUGAUGACAACAUUUGUUUUGGUGAAGACCAACUCGAAUCUAGGGAAAUCGAUGAUGAAUUGGCUGUUGAAAUUUCAGAAGAAGAUAUUGUUGCAUCAGAAGCCCUUAAUAGUAAACAACGACAUGUCUAUAAUUCAGUUUUGGGAAAAGUUUUUUCUAAUGAAGCUGCUACAUUCUUUGUCGACGGCCCUGCUGGGACGGGGAAUACAUUCCUGUACAAGGCACUUCUUGCCGCAGUAAGAUCAAGAAAAUUAGUCGCACUUGCAACUGCUUCAUCUAGUGUUGCUGCAUCCAUCCUUCCUGGAGGUCGAACAACACACUCGCGCUUUAAGAUUCCACUAGAUACUGAUGAACAUAGCAUAUGUUGUGUCAGUAAACAAAGUGCCAUCGCAAAGUUACUAUGUGUGGCAAGGUUAAUUAUAUGGGAUGAGGCCCCUAUGUCAAGAAAACAACAUAUUCAAGCAUUAGAUAAAAUGCUACGAGACAUUAAUGAUUCAGAGUUAACAUUCGGUGGAAAAGUUGUCAUUUUUUGUGGAGAUUUUUGCCAGGUUUUACCUGUGGUUCGUAAAGGAACAAGACAAGAACAUGUUGACGCCAGUUUGGUUUCUUCUUACUUGUGGCCUACAUUGAUCAAGUUUCAUUUGACUGAAAAUAUGCGAGCAAGAUUGGAUUCAGUCUUUUCAGAAUAUGUGUUAGAAUUGGGCAACGGAAUGCCACCAAUCACAGUUGAUGAAACUAUAAAAAUUCUUGAUGGCAUGCUUGUUCCUUAUGAAGAUGACUGUACUUCUUUGGAUCAUUUAAUAUAUGUUGUUUUUCAUGAUAUUCAUGAAUAUUCAAUAAAUAUUUCAGCUAUGAUGAAUCGGGCCAUAUUAACACCAAAGAACAGUUAUGUUGAUGAAAUAAAUGCAUUACUAAUUCAUAGAUUUCCUGGUGAGCUUAAGCGAUAUUAUAGCUUUGAUGAAGCAAUAGAUACAUCUGAACAGUCAAUUAUGGAAGAUUUUUUAAAUGCUCUAACCCCAAAUGGACUUCCUCUUCAUGAAUUGUUACUGAAGAUAAACUGUCCUAUCAUACUGCUUAGAAACAUUAAUCCUUCAGAAGGACUAUGCAACGGAACACGUCUAAUUUGUCGGGCUUUUGAUCAAAAUGUCAUUGAUGCAAAAAUCGCAGUUGGGCAUCACAGCGGAAAAAGGGUCUUUAUUCCAAGGAUCCCAUUCUUACCAAAUGUUGAUGAAAAUAGUGGCUUCCCAUUCAAACGAACUCAGUUCCCUAUCAGAUUAAGUUUUGCAAUGACUAUAAAUAAGUCACAAGGGCAAACAUUGAAUUUUGUUGGAAUAUAUUUACCUCAACCUGUUUUCUCACAUGGUCAAUUAUAUGUGGCUUUAUCAAGGGCAAAGACUGCAUCUACAGGAAAUCAGCUGCAAGCUACAAUAUUUGAUAAGGAUAUUGACUCGCGACAAGAUAGUUUGCACAUUUUCCAGUCAUAUUACAUCAGUAAUGCAUAUGUGAAGCCAUUGGAUCCGAAGUAUAGAAUUGAAACAUAUGAAUAUCAAUGGAUCUUGAAUGCUAAAACGAUAAUUGAGGAAGUUCCAAAGGAUGAAGGACAAUUGGAGCCACCAAAGUACCAACUCAUUCUAUUCAAUGAAUUAGAUGCCUACAAGAAUUCAAUUGCAGAAAUAGACAUUUUAGCUGUUGCAAUCCAAAUCAAGCCAUGUAGAGAGAUAACUUUAGCACAUGGACCAACAACUAUUCAAGAGAUAUAUGUUAUCGAUCAAGGAUUAUCUCCAUCAUCACGUCCGAAAAGUAAAUUUAUGAUCAAUCCUGUUAUUCCUGAGGCAACUUCAUUGCAAGAGUGGGCAGCGAUUAAUGAUUUAUUACUCAAGAGUAUUAUUGCAAAAAACUUGACACACCCAUCUGCAUCUCUAUCUUCUGUUGGCAUUCGGGAAAUAAUCAAGAAUUGUGAUGUUGCUGAAUUCAUCAAAAAUUUGCAACCCAUGGCGGAACAUUUGUCAUAUAUAGAAAAUCUUGUGGCACAAGUUUCACAGAAAGAGUGGAAGAUUGAACUUCUUGCAGACCUCGAUCGACUCAACCAAAAGCAGUUCAAGAAUUUCAAUGUCGUCUCUAUUGAUGCUGUACAGGAUGACACAAAAUGA